ACACAAGCCUGUGGCCCUGUUUCACAUCAGUUCCCAGGGGUAAAAUCUGCCCAGCCAGACCCCCCAAAGGGGUUGAGGGGGAACAGCCCUGCAUCCUGGCCCUCUCCAAACCUCAGCCUCACCUACUCCUAUUGGGGGCAUAGGGGAAGGGGUUUAGUGGUAUGACAAAGAGUCUGGGCUCAUCCUACCUACCUCCCUUACUGCCUCCUCAUGCAGUCUCAAGCAGCGCAUUUACCGCUCUAUAAAAUGGGUGUUAAGAGAACCUAAUUUUACAUGUGACGCAUUUUCCACACCAAGCAAUUCUCCGUUUCUCCAUGGAUGUCAGCUGGGCGUCCCGCAAUUCAAUUCAGUUCUCUGACACUAUCUACCCUGAAUCAGUGCAGACCCUCCAGGUUCAGGGUUCAGUCCUGCAGGACUGCCCCCACUUCAGAUGCAGGUCCCAAGUCCGGACCUCCCAUACUUCUCACAGACUGGUUAUGAAUUGGGGUUCCCACCACCCCCUCUUCACAUUUGAUGAUUUGCAAGAAUGGCUCACAGAAUCAGGAAAGCACUUUACUUAACCUGUUUAUCAUAAACGAGGCAAAUGAACAGCCAGAUGAAGAGGCACAAGGUCUGAAGGGUCGGAAACCAGGAGCUUCUGUCCCCGUGGAGUUUGGGGUGGAUGCUUUUAACCUGCUCGGAAGCUCUCCAAGCCCCUUCCUGUAGGGUUUUUAUGGAGGUUCCAUCACGUGGGCAUGAUUUGGCAAAUCACUGGCCAUUGGCAAUAAUCUCAGUUCCCAGCCCCUCUCCUCUCCCUGAGGGGUGGGGCUGAAAGUUCCAUCCCUCUAACCCCAGGGUCAGUUCCCCUGGCCACCAGCCCCCAUCCCGAAGCUGCCACGCCCCUGCCCUCAUUAGCAUACACGCAGGCGUGGUGGAAAGGGGCUGAUUAUGAACCACAAAGGAGGCUCCCCUCUCCCCCAUCACUCAGGAAAUUACACGGUCCUGGGAGCUCCAAGCCAGGAACCAGGACGAAGACCAAACAGAUCUCUUGUUAUCUCACAGCGUCACCCUCGGGCGCUAGCUGCAGGCCCCCUCCCCCAUUUAUCCCCUGGCCCCCAGCCCCUCUCGCCAACUCGGCCAUCACUUCAGCCUUUCUCCCUUCUCCAGUUUUCCCUCUUUGCCCGUCAGCAUAGAUAGGCUGUAAUUUCUUUUCUUUUUUGAAUUUUAUUUUAUUUAUUUUUUAUACAGCAGGUUCUUUUUAGUUAUCUAUUUUAUACAUAUUAGUGUAUAUAUGUCAAUCCCAAUCUCCCAAUGCAUCCCACCACCACCCCCUCCGCCAUUUUCCCCCCUUCAAGCUGUAAUUUCUUAAAAACAUGAACCACCACCCCCCACAGCCCUUCCUGACUCCAUGACUUGCAGCUCUCUCAAACCUGCACCAACUAGGACCGCCCCUCCUGUCCCCAGAACCGUCCUUGCCCACAGGUGACCUCCCAGUGUCCAAAUACGGUGGUCACAUCUCCGUCUGCGCCCUCCCCCUCUCAGCAGCCUCUGACCCGGCCAGCCACCCUGCUCCUGGGAAAUUCUCAGGGACUCCGCCUCUGGGCCCAGGGCUGAGUCCUCCGGCCCCACCCACACCCCCGCCCGGGCGGUCUCAUCCACUCUUGGGGCUCGAACCCCAUCUAUGUCCCAAUGACGCCCACUGUCCUGACUCCAGCCCGGGGCCUCCUCUGAGCUCUUGGCUCGGGGUCCAGUUUGGACAUCUCCACUUAGAUAUUGCUGAGGCAUCCCAAACUUAGCCUGUCCUGAGAAUUCCUCAUGUUACCUCCCAAAGUGGCUCCUCCCACAGGAAAUGGAAACUCCAUCAUUUCAGGUGCUCAGCCUGCAAACAUUGGGGUUUGACCAGUUUAAGAUCUACCCCAGCUCUGCCCAUUGCCCCACCCCCCACCCCCGCCAAGCCUCUGCCUCCACCUGGUCCAGCAUCAUUAUUGCCCACCUGGAGCAGCUCAAUCCCUCCUCCCCAUCCCUGGCUCCCAUCCUCAGCCCAUAAUCUGUCUUCCCCAGAGAAGCCACCGGAGGGCGCCCGUGAGCACCUGAGUCAGGUCCCGUCUAACAAGCGCAGCAAGGUCCUGCCCCAGGGCCUUUGCACCGAAUGUUUCCUCUGCCUGGAAAGCUCUUGCUUUUGGUACUCCCAUGCCCGGUUCCCUUCCUUCUCUGGGUCUCUGCUGAAAUGUCAUCUGAACAUGGCCUUGGCUGCUCUAUUGUGAGAGGCUGCUCUAUUAGACCAUGGUCUCCCCCAACAGUACGCUCAAACCACUCUUUGCUUUUUAACACGAUAUAUCAUUUACUCUGAGGUUAUGCAUUUCUCAGAGUCUAUCUCUCCAUCUUGAACGUCAGCUCCACGAGAGCAGGGAUUUUCCCAGAAGAGGGGACAUCCUGUGCAAAGGCCCUGAGGUGGGGAUGGACGUGAAGGGUAGCACCUGGCGUGGUUGGAGCUGAGCGAGGGAGGGGGGCCAGUGGGCGGAAGUGAUUUGCAACGUGAUCCAUGCAGGCAGAUGGAGGCCGUGGGGGAGCCCCAAAUCCUCUUACCCAAAAGCUCCUUAAUACUUCCGCCUGGCGGGUCACCACCGGGCUGCCCCUGCUCCAGGUGGCUGCCAUGCCAGCGCUGGCACUCGAGGAGGGGAUGGAGGGCUGGAGCCCGGCCUCGCCACUCUACGAGGAGUACCGCCCACCGCCGCUGGACACCAUCCGCCUCCCCAGGUACGCGCUGUACCUGCUUCUGGCUGCGUUCGUGGUGGUGGCCGUAGCCUACGCCAUUGUCGGGCAUCUCAUCAAGGACCUCGCCCACGACCUGGCCGACUGGGCAUUCGGCCCGAAGCCGGACCAGGAGGAUGGCCCCCGGGAGCUGCCCGAGAGCCCCGAGGACGAAAAUCUGGAGGAGCUGGACCUGCAGCUGGCGCUGGCCUGGCGGGUUGACGAGGACACUGCUCAGGGUGGCGAGGGGGCCCCCGCAGAAGCCCCAGGCCGGCCCUGCCACUGCCCCUCCAUCGCCUUCAAAGACCCACCAGCCCGAAGCUCCUUCUGGAAGCUGGGCUGAGCCGGGCCCUGCCCUCCAGCCCGGGAGCCGGUUCCAGCCCCUUUGGCGGUUGUAUAAACCAGACUUGUGCCCAUCAGA